AUGGAAGUGAGCCAGUUCCUGAUUGCUACAGGAAUAUGCUUUCUGAUAGUGCAGUUCAUAAUGCUUCUUCAGACACGAAAGAAAUUCCCCCCUGGACCUGUCCCUUUCCCUCUUUUUGGAAGCCUGUGGAGAAUUGGAUGGAAGAUCCGCCCUGAUACAUUCAUGAAGCUUAGAGACACUUACGGGAACAUCUUCACCUUUUGGAUAGGACACACACCGGUGAUUGUGCUAACUGGAUUCACAGCUAUGAAAAAUGGAUUAAUUAAUAAUUCUGAAGCAAUGUGUCAGCGACCAAUGUUUCCUUUUUCAAAAAUUCUGGGAAGUGGAAAGGGCAUCAUGUUUUCCAAUGGAAAAACUUGGAAACAGCAGAGACAGUUUGGAAAGUCGACCCUGCAGAAAUUGGGAACAAUGAAAAAGGGUCUGGAACAGCACAUACAAGAGGAGGCUAGUCAGCUGGUGAAAACUUUUGCCCAGACCAAGGGACAACCACUGGAUCCUUUCCUACUGUUCAUGCAUUCAGCCUCCCAAAUGAUCCACACAGCAGUUUUUGGAGAAACUGUUCUCAGAGAGGAUGACAUGUUCCAAAGGCUUGUUGAACACAUCAAUAACAUUACAAAAUGCCGAGGUACUUUUGGAGAAAUGAUGUAUAACAUCUUCCCUUCACUUGUGGAAUACCUCCCUGGGCCUCACAAGACGGCAGUUUCCUCCUUUGAAUUUAUGAUUUCUUAUAUCAAAAAGAAGAUGGGAAAUUCUAAGAAUUCGCAGGCCUCUCAUGAACCACAAAGCUACGUUGACUUCUAUUUAGCUCACAUGGAUGAUGAGAAAAAGGACACCACCUCAACUUUUCAUGAAGACAAUUUGAUCCAAGUUAUUGUUGACUUGUUCCUCACAGGCACGGACACAAUAGCUUUCACCCUAUCUUGGGCUCUGUUUUUUAUGGGGAUUCAUCCCAAAAUUCAAGAGAAAGUACAGAAGGAGAUCAAAAGUGCACUGGAUCCCCACAAAACCAUCUGCUACGAGGAUCGGAAGAAACUGCCUUAUUCGUAUGCUGUCAUUCAUGAAACCCAGCGUCUCAGCAGUAUCGCAUUUCCCAACCACUUUAGGUUGUGUGCAAUAGAUUUGACCGUACUUGAUUGUUAUAUUCCAAAGGGUAGCAUUGUGAUCCCUGAUUCCUGCUCUGUUCUACUGGAUCCCAAAAAAUGGGAGAUGCCACGACAGUUUAACCCUAACCACUUUUUGGAUCAAGAUGGGAAAUUUGUAUUCAGAGAAGAUUUCCUUACCUUUGGGGCAGGCGCCCGUGAAUGUUUGGGGAAGUCUUUGGCUCAGAUGGAGCUCUUCAUUUUUUUCACCAACCUUAUGAAAACGUUUACUUUCCAGUAUCCAGAAGGACUAAAAGGAUUUAACAUGGAGCAUGUGAUAGGGGCUGGGAUGCAGCCUUUCCCGCUGAAGAUCUGUGCAGUUCCUUGUUAA